GAGAGAGAGAGAGCCUCGCUGGAGCGUAGCGUUGGCUUGUCAUGUGGCAGUUACAGCAUGCCUGUCUGCCUCUCAGUGCCGUGUGUCCGGUGCGUCGCUCUCUGAUCCAAAGCAUCUCAGCAACUCUUACACCCGUCCGGCCUUCACUCUGGAGGGAAAGGCUCGGGAGGCGACGGCCAGCAGGGAGGACGGGGGCGCCGGUGGGGCCUCCUCCCUGUCUGGAGACACCGGCCCCGAUUGGCUAAGCCGUGGCCCCGCCACCCUGCCCCUGAGCCAGGGGGACGUCCCUCCGGGGCCCUGGCAGAGCGAGAGCCUCCUGGCCGAGUCCUGGUCCACCAUGGGCGACCCCGACCCCGAGGACGCCAAGAGCCUGGACAGCAGUGAGGGAGGGGUGCUGCUCCCCGGAGAGGAGAACAACUCCUCCCCCUCCGACAUGGUCCACCUGGAGCGGGAGGACGAGGAGCAGGAGGCUGUUGAGACCGAGGAGGAGGAGGAGGAGGAGGAGGAGGCCGAGGAGGUAGAGACGGCCGGAGGCGAGGAAGAGGACGACAUGCAGAGCAGCGUUCUGAGUAUGUUGGGCGGGGAGCAGGAGCUGGAGGAGCUCCGGCGGGAGCAGGAGGAGGAGGAGGAGGAGGAGGAGCAGCAGCAGCCCCGCCACCUGAGCUCCCAGCUCCUGGUGGUGGCGGCCGAGGACGCGCUGCGUGCCGGCGGCCGCCGCCACCUCUCCGGGCGGGAGGCCUCCACGGCCACGGCCCCAAUGCCCAUCUUCAAACUCCAGCCGCCCUCCAGCACGUCUACGCCCGUGCCCUCCAUCACCUCCUCCUCCUCCUCCUGCCGCCCCUCGGAGGUGGUGGAGGAGCAGCGGUACUCCCGGCAGGAGCUCCUCCCCCCCCCGGUCCUGGUGCCCGUGGUCGCCGGCCAGCCCGCCGCCACCGCCGACCAACCGCGGUUCUCCCAGAUUCCGCUGGGCUCCGUGGGAGAUGAGAAGGUUCCGGGCCACAGAACCCCACCGAACCCCACGACGGAGGCUCCCGCCCCCGCCGCCGCGGCCGCGGAACCGGCCGGAUCGACCGACCUGCCGAUGAUGCUGUGCGGGGGGGCGGUUCUGGUGGCGGUGGUGGGCGUGGUGGCGUACGGUGCCUUGGCCUACGGCAGGAAGUAGGACGUCUGUCUGCUGGAACGCUGGUGGA